AUGUUUACUUAUUCAUUUAUUAUCCUCUUCCAAGCAUCGGUAAUAACCUCAAGCAUAAAUCCAGGUCGUAGGCCUGAACUAUUUCAUGGAAUUUUUAAACAUCGCAGCCCAAAUACAUUUAGAAGGAACCAUCUUCACUCAGCUCUGAUUCCAUUUGAUUGGGAAAACUCCGAAGAUCGCAAGAAGGAUAAACAAACUGAUGACUAUAAAAGCUGGAACUGGACGUCAGACAAAGCUGGGGGAGUGUUCAAAACAGAAAGCGCACCCAGUUCGACUUGUACAGCAUCUACAGUAAGGAGUCCGCCACAAAAAGUAGAUACCAUCCAGAAGAUUCUAGAAGGGGUCACUCCAAAUUUGUUCAUUUUAAAGGAUACAUACGGGGGAAGUAACUCUGUAAUUGUAAGAAUAGGUAAGAAUCAAGCCAAUAAACUCGGUAUUGUGGAUGGUAACUAUGUAAGAAUAAAAGGUAGGAGGCGGCGUUUUACUCUAGGUGUUGUCAAAAUAGAUGCUACCAUUGAAGAUAAUCAUGUGUUUAUACAUGCUGAUGUUCGUAGAAACUUGAGGCUUAGAUUAGGAGAUGUGGUGGCAAUCGACCCUCUGGAUAAACUUCCAGAUGCAAAAAUUGUAAGAAUAUUACCGUUUGGCGACACUACAAAACCCUUGUCAAAGCAUAUACCAGAUGAAAACAUUAAAGGAGCACUUAAUAAGCUAUUACUAGAUUACUUUACCAAGGAAAUAGCAAACAGGAAAAAGCGACCUAUAAAGCUGGGUGACCACUUAUCUCUACUUGUGAGGCCUGAAGGUAAAAAUUCUCUAACCCUGGAUUCAGAUACAGAAAAGUCAUUUAAACUAGAAUUUAAAAUUGUUGAUGUAAAAUCUCUAAAAAAUGGAUACAAAGGUAUCACCAAUGUUGACCUUGGUUUGAUCUCUGGGGACAGCAUAAUAGAUACUAACGGAACGUUACUUACCAGAGAGCAUGAUGACGACUCUUACGGAGAAGUUGGUUAUGAUGAUAUUGGUGGAAUGGGACGUCAGCUGAAUAAGAUAAGGGAGCUAAUAGAACUUCCGCUGUUACACCCAGAACUGUUUAAAACCGUUGGAAUAGCACCACCAAAAGGAGUAAUCCUUCACGGUCCUCCAGGAAGUGGUAAAACAUUAAUAGCGCGAGCAAUCGCAGCAGAAACUGGCGCCACAUGUCACAUUAUAAAUGGGCCGGAAAUUAUGUCUAAACAUGUUGGUGAAUCUGAAGCUAAACUCCGUCGUGCAUUCGAAAAGGCUUCAAACAAUGGUCCAGCAAUAAUUUUUAUCGAUGAAAUAGAUUCAAUAGCUCCAAAAAGAGAAAAAAGUGGAGGAGAACUUGAACGCAGAAUUGUUAGUCAGCUAUUAACACUUAUGGAUGGUAUAACACCAAAUAACAACGUUGUUGUUCUGGCUGCAACAAACCGUAUAAACUCUAUAGAUUCUGCCCUGAGAAGAUUCGGAAGAUUCGACCGAGAAAUCGAAAUGGCAUCUUGUGACGAAAAUGAAAGACUGGAGAUCCUAAAAGUCAAAACUAAGGGAAUGCGUUUAGCAUCAGAUGUUUCCUUGAGCAAGAUCGCUAGUGAGUGCCAUGGAUAUGUAGGAGCUGACAUUGCACAACUCUGCUUUGAAGCUGCAAUGUGCUGUAUUCGUGAGCAUGUAGCUUCGGUUGAUUUGUUACAAUUUGGAGAUUCAAUUCCACAAGACAUUCUUGACAAUCUUGUUAUUAAAAACAAACAUUUUAGUGAAGCCUUGGGUCUUUGCAAUCCAUCGACACUUAGAGAACGUAGAGUUGAGAUACCAGAAACGACGUGGGAUGAUAUUGGCGGGUUGGAACAAGUCAAGAAAGAGCUUAUUGAAACAAUUCAAUAUCCCGUCGAACAUCCAGAUAAAUUUAGAAAGUUUGGCCAAAGUUCUAGCAAAGGUGUCCUCUUCUAUGGACCUCCUGGCUGUGGUAAAACUCUCUUGGCCAAGGCAAUAGCGCACGAGUGUAAUGCGAAUUUCAUUUCUAUUAAGGGCCCUGAGUUGCUAACCAUGUGGUUUGGAGAAUCUGAAGCCAAUGUACGUGAGUUGUUUGACAAGGCGAGAGCAUCUGCACCUUGUAUUCUCUUUUUUGAUGAGAUCGACUCCAUAGCAAAGACAAGGGGUAGUGGUGGAACUGGCACAGGAUCCGAAGCUGCAGAUCGAGUAAUAAAUCAAAUUCUUACUGAAAUCGAUGGUAUUAAUGUUCAAAAACCAAUAUUCAUAAUAGCGGCCACAAAUAGACCUGAUAUCAUCGACCCAGCCAUCAUGAGACCCGGAAGGUUAGGAAAACUUGUGUACAUCCCACUACCAGAUUUAAAAAGUAGAGAAAGUAUAUUCAAAGCUACACUCAAAAACUCACCGCUAUCCCCAGAUGUCAAUAUCAAGAAAAUGGCAGAAACAAUGGAAGGGUACUCAGGUGCUGACAUUGCAGAAGUUUGCCAUAGAGCAGCAAGAGAAGCAAUCAGAGAAAGUAUAGAAGCCGAAAUUAAAAGAGGACGACCAUUAGGAAAAGAUGAACAAGAUCCAGUACCAUAUAUCACAAAUUCACAUUUUCAAGUAGCACUCAAAAACUCCAGGAAAUCUGUAAACCAAGCAGACGUAAAACUAUAUGAAUCAUUUAAAGAUAAAAUCGCUAGUAAAAUGUAG